AUGCAGGAUGAAGAUGGCCAUUCUGCACUUGCGCCCUCGAGCCCUUUCGAUCCUGCAAAGGAAGAUGACACAUCACUGCAGUCCCCCAUACAUUCAGAUUAUGUAUACAAUGACAUUGCAGGCGAUGCUGAUAACUCAGAUAUUGACAUGGAGAAUGAAAGUGCAUCUGAGAACAGAUGCAAUGAGCAGGAUCAUGUCAGGGUGGACCCAGAUUCAGUCAGUGUGACAAGAGAGUACCAUCCCUAUAUUAACGGAAGGCCGUGUGAUAAGAAUGGAGUCUAUCUUCCAGAUGGUACUCCCCCUCCUCCUUGCCCAGCUCCGGAAACGGACAAUUGGUUCCCUUACUAUGAUCGCGUAGCCUUUGAAACUGCGGAAUUCCUGUAUAAUCGAGAGCAGAUGUCAGCUGGAAACAUCGAUACUAUACUUCAGCUAUGGGCUGCCAGCUUACUCCAACAUCACGACGAUCUGCCGUUUGCAAAUUGUGAAGACUUAUACAACACAAUCGACUCAACGCUGCUCAGUGAUGUCAAGUGGGAGUCGUUCAACCUACAAUACGAAGGUCAACGUCCCGAGAGAGACGUUCCCUCAUGGAUGACAGCGAAAUAUGAAGUAUACUUUUGGAAUCCUUCUGAAGUCUUUCACGAUCAAAUGGCAAAUGCGGACUUUGACAGCGAGAUCGACUAUGCACCACUACGAGAGUUUGUGGAUGGUCAACGUCAUCUGAAGAAUUUUAUGUCUGGAGAUUGGGCCUGGAGACAAGCCGAUCUCAUUGCACAGGAUCCAAAUACACAUGGUGUCGCAUUUGUACCUGUUAUCCUUGGCAGCGACAAAAUAACAGUUUCUGUUGCCACGGGACAAACCGAGUACUAUCCAUUGUACGGAUCCAUUGGAGGUGUGCACAACAAUGUACAUCGUGCACACCGCAAUGCUGUGACACUCCUGGGCUUUCUUGCGAUUCCAAAGACUGAUAAAGAAUUCUCCGAAGACGCGAUGUUCCGCAAGUUUCACAGACAGCUCUUUCAUUCCUCACUAUCAAGAAUUCUGCAGCCCUUGAAGCCUGGAAUGAUGACCCCAGAGAUCAUGCUGUGUGCAGACGGCCACUAUCGCCAUGUUGUAUAUGGUCUUGGUCCCUACAUUGCAGACUAUCCUGAGCAGGUACUUCUUGCGUGCAUUGUCUCUGGGUGGUGUGCAAAAUUCAAACAAUGGACAGGAGACGAUUCAAAGGCAUUGAUGAAGGUUUAUCUCCCUGCCAUUGCCGAGUACGUCCCCGAGGAUAUGGUGUGGGCCAUCCAAGCCUUCCUCGACUUCUGUUAUAUCGCACAGCGCAACGUUCACACUGAGCAAACACUUGAUGCACUUCAGGAUGCUCUGGAUCGGUUUCAUUACUACCGGAAGAUUUUUGAGACUUGCGGUGUUCAACCUGAUGGUAUCUCACUUCCUCAGCAGCAUUCUCUCUGCCACUACAGGUUCUCAAUCUGGGAAUUUGCAAGCCCGAAUGGGCUGUGCUCAUCCAUUACUGAAUCUAAGCAUAUCAAAGCGAGGAUCGAUAAGCUUGCUGCAGCUUAUGUUGACUUUACCAAGCGUGGUAUGCUGAAGGGUUCAUGGCUUUCCAAUGCAUUCUGCAAGAUUUAUGCUGAUCCUACCGAGACUGAAGACAUCAAUAUAGGAGCUGACUGCCAUGUGUCCAAGCCACUGGGCCCUGACGAGCAGCAGGACGAUGAUGGCAGUGUCCCUGGCCCAACAGUUCUUGUGUACGUUGAUCUAGCAGCGACUGUUCAACAGCGACAUCCCAGAGGUUUUGCUGAACUUGCACAUCAGAUCAACCAACCUGAGCUUCCUGAACUGAUCCGACGAUUUCUGUACGACCAAUUGAAUCCUAACAACCCGCGUUCUGCAUCCGAUAUGGACAAGAUUGUUCUUUAUGCGAAGAAGGUUGGAUACACCCCAAACUUUGUUGGCCUGCUCCAACACGUCAUGCGAACCAACCCCGAGAAGGGUGCUGAGUUCUCUGCGCAGUUCGUCAACGAUGACUCAGGUCCGCUCAUGGAUGUCGAGUGGGUGGUGGACAUCUUCAUGUCGCAAAACAUGAUCCAGCCCGCGGCGUCAUUCUUACUCGAUGCACUGAAGGAGAACAAGCCUGAGCAGGCUCAUCUCCAGACUCAUCUGCUGGAGAUGAACCUGAUUCACGCCCCUCAAGUCGUGGAUGCCAUUCUCGGUAAUGAGAUGUUCACGCACUACGACCGUCCACGAAUUGCCAACCUUUGCGAGAAGGCUGGUUUAAUGCAGCGAGUUCGUAGACUUUCAUGGCGAUUGAUUGCUCUUGCUCAUAUUUUAGUCUGCAGGCUCUCGAGCACUACGAGGACUUGGGGAACAUCAAGCGUUAUCGUGCAUGCGAACGUGUUCCAGAUCGAUUGGCUCGUCAGCUACUUCAGUCGCCUUACUACUGAGCAGUCAUUGGCUUGCAUGGGAGAGAUACUUCGUAUCAACAUUCGGCAGAACCUGCAGGUUGUUGUCCAGAUCACUACGAAGUACUCAGAUAUCCUUGGCCCUGUCAAGCUCAUCGAGUUGUUUGAGAAGUUUAAGUCAUUCGAAGACCUAUACUACUACCUUGGUUCCAUCGUCAAUCUCAGCCAGGAUUCCGAGGUUCACUUCAAAUACAUUCAGGCGGCCACUCGUACAGGCCAAAUUCGUGAGGUUGAACGCAUCUGUCGUGAGGGCAACUACUACAACCCGGAGAAAGUCAAGAACUUUCUGAAGGAGGCCAAGCUUUCGGACCAGCUACCCCUCAUCAUCAUCUGCGACCAGUUCGACUUCGUUUAUGACCUUGUGCUGUACCUGUAUCAGAAUGGUCUCACCAGCUUCAUUGAGGUUUAUGUUCAACGUGUCAACUCGGUCAGGACGCCGCAGGUCAUUGGGGGUCUCUUGGAUGUCGACUGUGAUGAGACAACCGUCAAGUCGUUGCUUGCUUCUGUCCCUGGCAACUUCCCCAUCAAUGAACUCGUGAAUGAGGUAGAGACAAUGAACAGGCUGAAGUUAAUCCUUCCGUGGUUGGAGGCACACAUGCAGGCGGGAAGCCAAGACCCUGCUGUGUACAAUGCGCUCGCAAAGAUCUAUAUUGAAUCGAACAACAAUCCCGAGACAUUCUUGAAGGAGAACAAUUUGUACGAGCCACUGGUCAUCAGCAAAUUCUUCCCCCAUCUCCUCGUGCCCAUGCUUGCCACUGCAGAGCACCCAGUACACAACAUCGCCAAGGUCAGCUUCGGUAUGGGAACGAAUGAGCUCUAUGAUCGUGCUCAGCCCUCGUACCAGCCUGCCACCCUCUCCCACAUCCACAAUGCCCUCUCAGCCUCUGCCUCACUUAACACUGUUGAGAUCGGUGCAGGCACCGGCAUCUUCACCCGUGCACUUCUCGCCCACCCAGACUGGUCCCACUCCGUGAACCAGCUCCACGCCAUUGAGCUGUCCGAAGGCAUGCGCGACGUCUUCACAAAUUUCGUACAUGACCCCCGCGUCUCCAUCACUAAGGGAACCUUCGACUCCACUGGUGUCAAUGACGGAUGGGCCGACCACGUCAUCAUCGCUCAGGACAACAUGCAUCGUCAUCAGCUGAUGGAUCAGAUCAUUGCGACUGCCCUUCCUGAGUCCACGGACCCCGAUGAUGUGUCCGUAACUGGGAAAGCGUUCUUGAUGGCAGACCUUCCCAUUGAGUUGAUCGAGCUGCUCGAGAAGCUCAUCCUCGAGCCUUCACCAUUCAGCGACAAUCGCAACCUCCAGAACUUGAUGGUGUUGACAGCCAUUCACGCAGACAAAGGCAAAGUUGUUGGAUACAUUGACAAGCUCAAGAACUACGAUAUUGCUGAGAUUGCCAAGAUUGUGACCGACCAUGGUCUGUAUGAGGAGGCAUUCCUCAUAUACAAGAAGUAUGAGCAACAUGCCAUGGCCAUCAAUGUGCUCAUCGAGCAUAUUGUGUUCCUGGACCGCGGCACCGAGUAUGCCAUUAAGGUUAACAGGCCCAAGGUAUGGAGCAGGCUGGUGAAGGCACAGCUCGACGGUCUGCGAAUCAAGGAUGCCAUCGAUUCGUACAUCAAGGCUGAGAAUUCCUCGAACUACACCGAAGUCAUCGAGAUUGCUAGUCAUGCGGGUAAGACGACCUCGCCAAGUACCUCCAAAUGGAGGAACUCGCUGGUCUCAUUCAGUUGUACGAGCGUCGAGGGCAUUUCGAUUAACUUCUUGCCCUUCUGGAAGCUGGCCUCAAUGGGUAUCUUCACUGAGCUCUCAGCCUUUUACGGCAAGUACAGACCCGAGAAAUUCAUGGAGCAUCUCAAGCUCUUUGUUUCUCGCAUUAAUAUCCCCAAGGUCAUUAAAGCCGCUGAACAGGCCCAUCUCUGGCCAGAGCUGGUUUUCCUCUAG